AUGCUCAAUCUGUUCUUAAGGAAGGAUUCAUGUUUUCUUGAGACAAUGGAUCCAAUUGGAGCCCUCCAACUUAGAUUCUUGAUUUCUGCCUUCUUUCAUCUGUCAAGAUUGAAGAUUUUUUCGGUUCUUGUUCUUACACUAGUCUGUGGAUCUAUGUUACUUACUUUUACAUUAGAAUUCUGGGAUAGUGCAUAAGGUCUUCCUGUUGUUUAUCUUUUUGGAUAAAGAUAAUUGAUAUUCAGAUGGCGCAGGUGGCUGAAAAUCCAAAUGAAGAGGUUGUUCUUGGUGAGGAAAUAGGCCAUGCAAGAGUGAUUACUUUGAACCAGCCUCGACGACUGAAUGUUAUAUCAUCUGACGUGGUUGCUUUGCUGGCAAAGCUUCUGGAAAAGUGGGAAAAAGAUGAUGAAGCAGAACUUAUACUCAUCAAGGGAUCUGGGCGUGCUUUCUCAGCGGGAGGGGAUCUGAAAAUGUUUUAUGAUGGAAGGACAUCAAAGGAUUCAAAUCUUGAAGUGGUUUAUAGAAUGUAUUGGCUUUGUUACCACAUCCAUACAUACAAGAAACCAGAGGUUGCUCUAGUUCAUGGAAUUUCUAUGGGAGGAGGUGCAUCCUUAAUGGCCCCAAUGAAGUUUUCUGUUGUCACAGAAAAAACUGUUUUUGCAACUCCAGAGGCAAGCAUUGGGUUUCAUACUGACUGCGGUUUUUCAUACAUGCUCUCCCGCCUCCCCGGGCAUCUAGGGGAAUUUUUGGGCUUAACUGGGGCAAGGCUGAAUGGUGCAGAACUGGUUGCAGCAGGGCUUGCCACUCAUUUUGUCCCUUCCGAGAAAUUGGCAGAGCUAGAGAAGCGAUUGAUAAGUUUAAACAGUGGUGAAGACAAUGCUGUCAACUCUGCCAUCCAGGAAUUCUCUGUUAAUGUUCAGAUUGAUGAAAACAGUGUCCUGAACAAGAAAACAAUCAUCGAUGAGUGCUUCUCCAAGGAUUCUGUGGAGGAGAUCAUAACAUCAUUUGAAGCUGAGGCGAGCAAGGAAGGAAAUGGAUGGAUACUUACAUUCCUUAAAGGCCUAAAGAGGUCAUCGCCAACAGCAUUAAAGAUAACACUGCAGUCGAUUCGUGAGGGAAGGAAGCAGACGCUGUCCGAAUGCCUGAGGAAAGAGUUCCGCAUCACAAUGAAUAUCCUUCGUUCUGUAAUAUCCCCUGAUGUUUACGAGGGUAUUAGAGCUGUUACAAUCGACAAGGAUAACGCCCCAAAGUGGGAUCCCCCGAGUCUCGAGAGCGUGGAUGCAGAAAAAGUCAAACAGGUAUUUCGGCCGUUUGAACAAGAAUUUGAGCUCAACAUUCCAACAGGAGAUGAUUCUAGGUGGGAAGGAAAAUAUGAAGAUUCACCAUAUGCAACUUCUAAGUGAGUGAAGAACCACAUAUUUAUAUACAAAACACACUAUCUAAGAGGUAAGGGAGAGUGCGGACGAUUGCCUGGCACAACUUGCAAGAGGUCUUAAUCAAUGCCAGUGAAGAACAGAUGUUUCGACUUAAUGGUUUGUCAUAUCAAUAAUCAAAUAUACGAAACGUGGAGUUAUUAUGUAUUAUUCACGAGCUUAUUACGAACAAAGUCAAUUCUUACUCC